AAUCCUGAUCCUUCAUAACUGAAACGAGUGUAUCAUCUGCUAAUCGGUCGGACGACUCUCCGACGUCCAUUGGCGUAAAGAGAAGGGAGCGUUAUUCGGGUCGAUGCGCUGUUUCUGUCGUGCAUGUACGAUAGAUGGCAGCUGCUAACUUCGGCUCUUCGCGAGAGUGCAGCGUGGACGCUGGUGUAUGCCAUACCGUUUCAUCGCUAGCAGAAGUAAGAAGAAGCUCGUCGAAGCAAGUCGUGCGUCUGGAGGCUGUGCGAACGUAUAUUUUGGUGUUCCGCGGUACAGAAAAAUCACUCGCAACCAGCCAUAUAGAUCCAUCCAUCCAUCGAUUCGUGCAUAUCGGGCGGUGUAAAAGGCGCGCGUGCGCUUGGAUUUUCUUUGCUGCCCUGUUUAUGGGGCUGCAGCAGUAGGCCGACGCAUGCAAAGGGUGCGCUUAUGGUGAAGUUUAUCAUAUCGUAAGAAAGAUUGGGUGCAUCCUGAAAGUGGCUGCACCUGCCGGGAUUUUUCGCCGAGAAUGUUUCCCUUGUGGUGAUGGGAAUGGAGGAGAUAAAGUUUUUACGCUGUAAGAUACCGCUUGUGGCGCAGUGUGUUCCAUAGUGGAGCGAGCAUUUGGUGAAGUUUUAAAAAAAGAAAUCUUUACGAGCGUAAGCAGAAAAAGGAAUUUGUGCAAUUUUGCGUGAAUUGUGCCCAGCUUGUGCUUAAGGUAUAAGAAUUCAAAUCAAACCGAUAGUUGAUGGUAAAAUCCUAGUAAAUCGGUAAAUUGAGUGAAGUUUUGCGCGAAAAAAGUAAAACCGUUUCUCUCUCUACGAGGUGCUUCAUCAACAAAAUAAACAAACAUCGGUGCGGAUAAUUCAAAUAAAAGCAAAAUAAUAUUAUCGAUCAUUUCCUGAAUACCGUGUCCUGAUAUGCGUGUGAGUGUGUUGUUUACGAAAGAAGAGAAGUAAAAGAUACAAGCAAGGAAAAAAAAAUUGAAGGAAAAUCAACACCGGUUGAUUGAAGUCCUGUUCUUUAAAACCGCAAAAACAACCGAAGCGGAAUAACGUCCACAGGAAAAUCCUUCACCUUCAUCCUUUGCUUGUGUCGAUCGAAGUAACCGGGUCGAACCGCACGCUGUGAUGGUGAUGUCAAUUUUCCAUCAUCAUUGACGAAACAGGUCGGAACGUGUGUGUAAGGAAAGAAGGUGAAUGUUGUCCGUGCUACACGAGAUGUAUUAGUGUUUGUGCGUGAGAAGUGUGGGUGUGGUGUGUAUGUGUGUUUUUGCGUUAUGUUUGUGGUUGGGAGUUGGGUUGGUGUGCCAUGAUUUGCAUAUAAAUUGAUUGGUGUGGUGUAUACAAGCCCGAAAAACCAAGCCAGUUUGUUUGCCAAGCAAAGGUCUUGAGGUAACGUGGGUUUUUGGGUGAAGUUGUGCAGGUGAAAAGUGUCCCAGGCGAAGGAGAGAAGAGAUCCUGAUUAUCUCGUCCAGGUGUGGUGCAUUCUGGUGGUGUUUAGGUUUCAAAAUUGUUGUCCUUUUAAACGUCCCCAACCGCGUGGUGUGAAAAGUGAAGUGAAUGUUUGGUGUUUUCUAGAACCGUAAAAGUGUGUUGCGGUUUUCCGAGUUUCCUGGUGAAUGGUUAAGCACCUUCGUGGGCUUCUGCUGCGUGUGUUCGUUUUCCGUGGACUCCGGGGAGUCCGGAACAUCAUCGCCCAGCUCGUUAGUGCCCGCCGAGGCAACCGUCGUCCGUAGGCAUGGAGGAAGAACUGCGGUGUCCGGUGUGCAAGCAGCUUUACGCCAGCCCGGUACUGCUGCCCUGCUAUCACGCCCUUUGUCUGGCCUGCGCUCUAGACAUUCAGACUGCAUCCUCGUCGUCGGCGUCCUCUUCCUCGUCCACUGCCUCUUCGUCGUCGUCGGCAGGUUCGUCGGCCGCCGGUACGGCACAUCCGCCCUGCCAUCCCGCCAUUGCGGCCGCCCACAUACACCAGCAACACUCGCAACAUUCGUCCUCGUCUGCGGCGAGUACCGGCAGCUCGAGCGCAACCGAAAGUGUAUCCUCGGAUCAGGAUCAGGCAGACAAGGUGAGCAUCCUGAGCGAAGCCGAUUCGGGUGUUAUCUGCUGCACAUCGCGGCCGGGCUCAUACGCCGGCACACCGAACCUACAGGGACUGCUGUUUCCUCCUGCCGGGUCCGGUGGUUCAGUCUAUUCGCUCGCCUGUCCCGUCUGCCGGAAGUUGGUGUUUUUCGACGAGCUUGGGGCCCGCAAUUUGCCACUGUACCGGGCGAUGGAGUCGAUCGUGGAUCGGUUCUGCGAGCGGGAGGCACUACGCUGUCAGAUGUGUGAAACCGAACCACCGAAGGUGGCGACCGUCAUCUGCGAGCAGUGCGAGAUCCGGUACUGUGAUGCUUGCCGUGAACUGUGCCACCCGGCACGUGGUCCGCUCGCUAAGCAUAGUCUUACGAAGCCCCGGGGUGCUUGCCAGCUGCGGGAAUCGAUUUGUGGCGAGCACACGGAACCGCUGACCAUGUACUGUAUGGGAUGUAAGCUGCCCAUCUGCAAUCAGUGCAUCGGUGACAACCGGCACCAGUCACACGAUCUGCAGUCCAUUACGGCGAUGUGCAAAGCCCAAAAGACUGAACUAUCACACAAUCUGCAGCAGCUCUCGGAAAAGGCGCGUUCUACAACCGAAUUCAUCCAAAGACUGAAAGGAAUGAGCGAUAAAGUGACGGAUACGUGCAUCGAGUUCGAGCGGCUGGUUGCGGUACAGUGCGAGGCGCUGAUAGCGGCCAUUAACGCCCGAAGGGAUGUCCUGCUCGAUGUAAUACGAAGCGAUAAGGAAGCCAAAAUACGCACACUAAAGGAUCAACAGGCAAGCUGUACUGGGAAACUUCAGCAAACCACCGGCCUAAUUCAGUUUUGCAUCGAAGCACUGAAGGAAACGGAUAGCGCAGCAUUUUUGCAGGUGGGCUCAAUGUUAAUUAACCGCGUCGCCAACACGGACAUGACCUGGCACCAGGAGGUUACUAAUGCGGCCCCACGCGUAUCGCCAAUUAUCGAUCUCACGCUCGACGACUCGUCGGUGAUUCGCGCCAUCGAUAACCUCAACUUCAUACAGAUGAAGCCCGCCAAGGAAGGCGAAGAACGGCUACCGGCAGUGCCCCUAGCACCCGUCAUCAUACCGGAGGACUGCUCGGCAGAGAAUAAUUCCGUAACUGUUGCAUGGCAGGCGCCGAGCCAUUCGUUCGUACAAGGAUAUGUGCUCGAGCUGGACGAUGGGAACGGUGGCGAGUUUCGGGAGGUCUAUUGCGGCAAGGAAACAAUCUGCACCGUCGACGGACUGCAUUUCAACUCAAUGUACAACGCACGUGUUAAAGCCUUCAACAACACCGGUGAGGGUGAAUAUUCCGAGCUUAUUGGAUUACAGACGGCAGAAGUUGCCUGGUUCACAUUUGAUUCGGUCCUUAGCGGCGGUCCCUGCUCCGGGCUGAACUUUUCCAACGAAAACCAAACAGUCUCGGCAGAUGGAUGGGAGCACCGAGUUGCGCUCGGUUCCGUUGGGUUUUCCCGGGGCGUACACUACUGGGAGUUUACCAUCGACAAGUACACCGCCGACACAGAUCCAGCAUUUGGCGUGGCGCGGCUAGAUGUGGCCCGCGAUAAGAUGCUUGGCAAAGACGACAAAGGCUUCGCGAUGUACAUCGAUAGGCAGCGGUCCUGGUUCCAGCAUAACAGCGUUCACGAGCGACGUGUCGAGGGCGGCAUCUCGACUGGUAGUACGGUCGGUGUGCUGCUCGACCUCGAACGGCACACGCUUCAUUUCAUCGUCAACGAGAUGCCGCAGGGUUCGGUGGCGUUCCGUGAUCUGUACGGUGUGUUCUAUCCGGCCGUAAGCGUCAACCGUGGCGUGACACUGACCCUGCACACUGGGCUGGAUGCACCUCGCAUGGACUAUCACUAGAAAUUGGUUUGACGAUCUGACCCGGCCAAUCUGAUCGAUCGAGGUUCACACCGUUCCUCGUCCGUUCGCUAACACGGUAAGGUACUAACGUUUGACCGAAGUAGGGCGAACGUUUGUGUAGUAUGUGACGUGUAGAAAGUUAUUCCUCCUAAGCAAGUAGGUUUUAGCAGCGGUUUUAAAUUAAGAAACAACAACAAAAAUCAAAAAUAAUCGUUGGCGAUAUGUCCAAGAGAAUGUUUAUGGAGUGGAGUAACGUUUUUCUUUUCUUUUUGUAUAUAAAUAUCCUCCACUCAGUUUAAAAGGCAACAUUGGAACAUUUUGAUACAUAAAAAACAGAUGGUACAUUCGCUUGUAAUCAUAUUGAAGCAUCGCAUGUCUGUAAGAAUGUGAACAAUAUCUCGACGAAGAAAAAAAGGUCACACAUGUAAGCGUUUCCUCGUAGAGCAGUUGAUAUUUCUCCCACGGCUGAACUUCGAACCGGAACGCCAUUGCUUUAUCGGUUGGUUUCAAUCACUGCCCACGAUUUAUUCACAACGUUACCUUCGUCGGUUCGUUGUCUGAUCGCUCGAGGGGAAGCUUUUGGUAGCAAAUGCUAAUAGAAAUGUACCGAAUCAGCCAUUGGGUUGAGGAGAUGAGCCCGCAAAUAAUUUUGCAUAUUCUCGUUUCAAUCGUUCCCUUUCGUGUUCAGGAUCACCGAAUGCUUCGUGAGGUCAAAAGGUGCUCAAUAGCUAGUUUCUUGGGUUUCUCGUACUACACUCGCAAGCAAAUAAGGCUGAUCUUUAACACAGCUGCUGCAACGCAGUGAAAGCGGCAAAUUGUUACUUUUAAGGGCACGUGUCUACGGUACUGUUUGUUGCUGCCGUACCCAUUCUAUGUCCAAUUAAUGCAGAAAAUAAUACACCGGUACGGAUCACGGCCGAUUAAUCGCGGCUAUGCUAAUGCAAAACCGAACCAGUGUUUGCACUUGGGACGAUACAAGAUAAUGUACUGCAUUUGCAUACUUGUUGUUGUGCCAUCUACUGUUUGUUUAGAGUUUUUAUGGUACAACUGACAUGAAAUGAAUAGCAGUAAGAAGGAAAAUGCUAUAAUUGGUAACUUUUGAUGCGUUCAAAACAUUCAUACCGUUAGUUUGUGGUGAUUUUCUAUCAUUUGUUUUGAUUUUUUUUUGCAGUAAAACGCACAGUUUAUAAAAAAAAGUUAAACCUCGACGCAAUUAUACGGGUCAACUGUGUUUCCUUUUUUAUCGAUGAAUAAUCAUUAAAUGAUGCUGAAUGAAAAAUUCAACACUCGUGAUAAACAUGCAUAUAACGAGUCGCAAAUGAUUGGGCCCGGUUUCCAACCGUUGGCGAUUUAUUAAUUGGCUGGUAAAGGCAGAAGAGGAAGAAAAAACAAAAUGAUAAAAUAAUCGCAAAUAAAACGAUGUUCUGAUUGGAAAGUAAAAAAAAAACAAAGCCCCCAAAACAAAGACUACCCGGCAAGGCACGAGAUUUAAAAUAACUGGUGCAACCAUUAUAGAAAAGGAUGUGUGAAAUCGAUUCGAAAUCGAUUAAUACGGAUCGCACUCCAUUGCGAUGAAUGUAUUUGAGUAAAAAACUGCAGGCAAGGUAAAAGUCGAAACUGAAAGCAGAAAUCCAGUGUAAGAAGCACAUAUUGAAUUAACGUUCAUUAUAAUUGUCCGCGCGAAACAGCACGUUCCAGCCUCCCAGGUUCGGAGGUCAAGCCACGGGAAGAACAUAGAGCGGUGUCGAUUUUAUUUUUGAACUUGUCACUACAGUGACCGACUGUCAAUUUGGCACUGCAAAGCAUUAACGGAACGUCUAUCCAAUUAUUGGUUGGAACACAAAAGCCAACACAACACACGUGCGUAUUUGGUUCGAAUUUAACUCGCCGUGACCGCUCUAGGGUUGAUGUGGUGAUGUUCAAUUAUUUGUGGUUCAUUAUUGCAGUCGAUCUUUCUUUUAUUGCUUUGCAGCAGAUGCGAAAAGGGUAAAUCAUAUUUAUCAUUAGUUGUACAUUACGUGACAUUGAUUCUGGAUUUUUCCUGUUGUGGGGUCCUGUUUUAUUAUAGGGCAAAACAGCGGGAAGAGAUUUUAUUUAUUCGGCAGAAAAACGUCGUCAAUGAAGGUAGGAAAAGGAGGUUAAUUUUUGCUAUUGUUUUAAACAAAUUGAUAAGAUAAAUACUAUGUAUAUAAUGCGUUAAUUUUAUUUACAUGUAGUUCAAACCUCCAUCAUUUGCCGCUUUUGGACGAGUUUAAGAAUGAAAUUAGUGAUGAGCAUACUGGUUCAGAAUGAAUAAGUGAAUUAAAUUUUACAAGCGAGUAAAUUAUUUCCUUCUCGGAACAUCUUUAUGGUACACUUACGGUGUAACUCACUCACAAUUAUUUAGCUCACUUCAUAGUUAUAGUGAGUUGAGUGAUAGUGACUCGUGAGUGAGUUGAGUAAGAGUCAAGUUUCAAAUCUUCUCGAUGACUAGCAACUCACUCAUUUUCCAAGGGCGAUUUAAAGAAUCGAUUCUAUUUGUUAGACUUACUCGCUCAAUCUGAUUCAAUUCACUUUACUGAAUUGUUAUUCCCAUCACUAAAACAAAGCCGUUUGAAUGAGCAAUCUUAGGACAGAUUUGGUAUAAAGUAAUGUCGCUUUAAAACAAAGAAAACGAAGUGUAAUACUCAAUAAACUUACUAUAAGCACAUGCUAUCACAUUUUUGCAAGAGCAGUUAUAAAAAUUGAACCAAUUUGUUUUAAUUCAGAUUUGGCUAUAACACUAUAAUAAUGCCAUAACGGAAAAAAUGCACCCUACAACAUAAUCACAACAAUGUACAGCAAAUACAGAGGCAGAGGUAAAACGAUGGUAUGGAGCGAGAAAAGCCAUUAAUUUUGUACAAAUUGUAAAGUGAACUGUAUUUUAAAAUUAAGUUAUUUUAUUACAAAUCUCGAAGUAGUUAAUGGAACGCGAACUUUACGCGAAACAAAAUCGGAACGAAAUGAGGUGUGUAUCAUUGUGAAUGUGCACUACACAAUUUACUAAAAUGAAACAAAAAAGGAAAAAAAUCCUAAAUGUGCUCCACGUAAACAAAAAGUGCAACAGAACGAACACAAAGAAGAAAAACUUCUGAUAAAACGAAGCAGAUGGAACAAUUGAAAUUUACCGUGCAAAAAAUACACAACAAAACCAACGCACAACGUUAGAAAAUCAAUUCAUUAGAUCAAUAAAUCGGAACAGAAAUAAACUAACGUUGAUACGCGUGGAUUGAACUUGAACUCGAACCCAAUUGCCACGAUCAACCGAGCCUGUAAUGUAAAAGUUAAACAGUGGUAGCUGUAGCUGAACUUCUAUACUGCAAUGUAUUCGCUCGCUUCGUAACCGUAAGUCAAACUGAAUCGUGUGUAUCAUACCCGGAUGGAAAAUAACAAAGAGCUUCUAAUAGUGUAACCAUGUAAAAUCAAAGCAUAACGCAUAAUGAAAUAGUUUUUAGCAAAAAUCUACACGUGAAACAAUUAUCAAACGAGAGCAACCAAAAGUAAAUGGGAAGAAACAAGUUAAAAAAAGUGGUAACAAAUCGGAAGCAUUUAAAACAGCACUUUCCCGUUUUGCUAAGUGCAAAUGGAACCAAUUGCAAGAAACACAUCACCGAAAGUAGUCGACAGGUAUUGCGAUCAAACAAACAGUAGAGCUUUUCGCAAAGAAAAAUUAAACACAACAAAACAUGAAAACAACAAAGUAGACAACCGCAUUUACGGGAUACACACUAUUCUAGCGACAGUGUAGUGAUGGAAUUUGUAAUCCUUUGGUAACGCAAUGAUAAAUAAUAAAACAUAUUAAAAUCCUUAAAAACUA